AUGGCACUCAUCCAGUUUGCCAUUAACAGCACACCGAACAAACGCAUGACAUUGAAAGACAUCUACACCUGGAUUGAGGAUCACUUCCCUUACUUCAAAUUUGUGGCCAAGCCUGGUUGGAAGAAUUCCAUCCGCCACAACCUCUCCUUACAUGACAUGUUUGUGCGUGAAAGCCCUUCCAACAAUAAAAUCUCUUACUGGACCAUCCACCCCCAGGCCAAUCGCUGCUUAACCCUCGACCAGGUCUUCAAGGUGAGUUCACAAAAACCCUUCUGA